AUGACCUGCUGUCCGCCGCCCACUCAGCUGUGGUUGUGCGGCGACGUCGGCCUGGUGCGUGACUGUGUUGUUUCCCCUUUGGCAGUGACUCCGGGCGAGGGCUGCCAGACCUGGGGCCGGACCGCGGUGUACAAGCAGGAGGAGUUCGAGGGCCACAGGAAGAAGGGGAGAACCUGGGGGCCCAGCUCGACUCAGCCGAAGGAACGGCUUGGCGGUGAGGAGAGGUUGAAGUCUCUGGGAGAUGGCAGCAAGUUCUGGUCAUCCAGUGCUCCAAGUUUGGGGAAAAGUCCCCGGCACCUUCCCAUUACAAUGGGAUUCGCCAGUCUCACUGAGAUGGAGGGCCUGACUCCCAGCACAGGAGGAUCCCACCGCCCACUCCAGUCCCCAGGCCUCCAGGACAGCGAGGGGAGCACGGCAGAGGAGUGCCCGGCCCUACUGCCAGGGUUAGGGGAGAGCCCGAGCCGGGGCGCCCACCGACGGAGGAGGGAUCUGGCGCUCCUGGGCUGCGCCAGCGUCCUGAGCUCGGUGGGGCUAGGCCUGGACCUGCUGGAACUGGGCAGGCAGCAGUCCGCACAGGAGGAGCAGGAGGCCCGGGAGGAACGGCGCAGGCCUGAGGGCCUCUUCCAGUGGGGAGGCCGCAGCCGCUGCUCCAGCAGCCCAAACCGCCGGCCCUCGGCCUUACCCUCUCUGGAGGUCUCCUCCUCCGUCACCCUCCUCUCCCUCUCCUCCUUCUCCGACUGUAACUCCACUCGCUCCCUGCUGCGCUCCGACAGCGAGGAGGGUGGUGGAGGGGGCCAGGAGGAGGGGCCGCAGAGUGCCGCUGCCCCCCGUGGCAACCCGCUGGUGGACCUGGCGGCCGAGAGCUUCAAAAAGGAGCCCGGGCUGUCCCUCACCCCCACCCAUGUCAGCACUGCCUCUGCCGUCAGCCAUCGGCACAGGAGGAUUCCGUCGGACGGCGCUAUCCGCCAGCCCCCACCGCCGGGACGGGCGCACAGGAGGACUCCGUCAGAUGGCAGUUCACAGGACCUGACAGGAGCAGGCUCUCUGAAGGAUCCCUCGGAGAUCCCUCGACUCCCGGACCCUGCCUCCUUCCUACCCCCCAUCCUGCGGCAGAAGGCCUCAGACAAGAACGCGGCGCUAGAGAGGCCAAAGACACUGGAGUUUGCACCCAGACCCAGGCCUUCGGCGGGGAGGCCCCGGAUUGACCCCUGGCGUUUCGUCUCCCUCAGCCGGACCCUCAGCUCUUCACCAGCCAGCAGCACCGAGACACCCAGCAAUACCGACUCUGGCGGCAGCGCAACUGACGAGAGACUCUGUGCCUCCGUCUUAUCCGGCUCGGACACGGGGCGCAGCCUGCUGGACACGGACAUGGAGGGGCAGACAGCGGACGGGACGGUGCCCCUCUGCCGAGCCGAUCUGGCUCCCCACAAGGAGUCUAUCUACAGCGUGGAGGAGGGUCAUAUGCGUUGAAACCACCAGGCCCCAAACACAUUGCCCCUGGCAACCAGCUACUCAAUUUGUGGCACCUUGGAACGUUGCUGGGAUUAGUGUUUUGAUUGGGCGGCUUAAGCCACUGACAGGAUUUGGUAUUCUGAUUGGGUGCUUCAAACCACUGACAACAUCUAGUGUUCUGAUUGGGUGGCUCAAAUCCUUGACCAUAAAUUGGCAGGAUCCUCUGUUCUGAUUGGGCAGCAGAAAGUUUUGAACCGUCCAUUCUGGGUGCAAGGUUGAACAGCCAGCCAUCUGAUUGGAUAGUGCAUCAUCCGAGUGGUCAGGCCUCAGUGGUUGAAAUGUUUAGCCUCAAAAGGUGAUGGAGCAGACCUGGCCACAGUAAAUCCUCUCUCACCCCACAGGAGAGUAUUUCAGCAGAAGAUCCUUACCAGAAGCAGGUCAUGUGGGUUUCCAGUUCUCCCUCCUCCUUGAAUUAGGCCUCGGGCUGCUCUUGCUGGUCAAACGGGGAUGAAAGAAAACAGCACAAAUGCUCCCCAUCCUCUUACAACAGCCAGUAAUGUUCAGGAGGACCUUUGGAUUCCAGAGAUCCUAGCAGCGGGCCUCUCUGAUCCAUGAAGCCAACCGUCCCUCCCAUUUUCCCCUUGCACUGACCCUCCACCGUUGAGGGGUGAUGCUUUCUGCCGCUGGAGCAGGAUGUAAAGUUCUGCUGCCAAAGUGGCAGAGUGACGUGGCCUCCAAUCAGGAAGGUGGCCUGAUUGAAGGAUUUCUACUCUGCUGUUCUGGUCCAGGUUGUUUAACCCUCCGAGCAGCGAUGGGGACUGGAGACUUCGAGGUACAAUUGCACCUCGGACUGGCACACCAAAGCCAGAAGCUGAAGAACUGUGUUUGUGCCGUUGUGUCGACACCUGGUUAUGAGUUGAGGGCAGCCGUUAUGUUUUGGGGGAAGGGCCAGUGGGGAAGCUCAGCUGGGUUCCAGGCUCCUGGAAUCCUGUCUUUCUAAUGUGCUGAAGGACAAAGGGAAUCUCACGGAUGAGAGCCAGCUUUAUUAUCACUGACCGAUAUUGGGGAAUGUUGUUUUGUGCAACAGUACAGUGCAAUACGUACAAUUACCAGAAACUACAAUAGAGGAGAUCAAUGUGUAAGCAGAGCAAACUGGUGAGGUAGGCACACUAUAGCAAGGCACGACAGCGGCUGUGUUCCAUUAGCAGUUUGAGGAGAUUUGGUAUGUCACCAAAGACACUCGCAAAUCUCCGCAGAUGUACUGUGGAGAACAUUCUGAGUGGCUGCAUCACCGUCUGGUAUGGUGCACUGCGUAGGAUUGAAAUAAGCUGCAGAGACUUAUAAAUUCAGUCAGCUCCAUCGUGGGCGCUAGGCUCUUGUAGUAUCCAGGUCAUCUUCGAGGAGCGAUGCCUCAAAAAGGCUGCUUUUAUCAUUAAGGACCCUCUUCACCCAGGGCGUGCCCAGGAAGGAGGGACAGAAGCCUGAGGGCACACAGUCAACAGUUCAGUAACAGCUUCUUCCCCUCUGCCAUCCAAAUUCGGAAUGGAUGUUGAACCCUGAAUACUACCUCACUACUUUUUUAUUCCCAUUUUUGCACUACUUAUUUAACUUAACUAUUUAAUAUAUAUAUAUAUAUAAAAUUAAUGUAAUUCAGUUUUUUUCUAUUAUUCGGUAUUGCAUUGUACUGCUGUCAGAAAUACAACCAAUUUUGUGACAUAUGCCAGUGAUAUUAAAUCUGUUUCUGAUAUCUUCUUGCUCCUGUAUCUCCUCAUCGAAGGUAGUAAUGAGAAGAGGGUAUGUCACAGGUGGUGAGAAUUAUUAAUGAUGGAUGCCACUCUCAUCUCCAAUCAUAUUCCUUCUUCUUCAGCCCUUUUCCUCUUCCACCUAUCACCUCCCAGCUUCUUACUUCAUCCCCCCUCCCCUACCUACCCUCCUUCCCCCUCACCUUCCAGCUUGUACUCCUUCCCCCACCUUAUCCCGGCUUCUUCCCCCUACCUUUCUAGUCCCGAUGAAGGGUCCCAGCCUGAAACGCUGACCUUUUAUCCCCCUCCACAGACUGGCCCUCUGAGCUCUUGCGGCAUUUUGUGUGUGAUUUACAUGAGGAUUUGUUGCAAUCAGAGCAAACUGCCGAAAAAGGCGGCAGAAGCAAAUUCAAGUCCCAGCAUCAGAUUGGAUCAUUUUGCAGCCCAGGAGAGCGUUCACUCCAUUUGUUCCCUGUGUUGUCUCUUUGGAAGAAAGCCCUGAAAGACAAUUACUUGUAGGACAGUGCGGAAGAGAGAAGGGGGUGAGACUAGUGGCAGAACUUGCUCCGAGAAGUAAGGGGAUCAGAAAACGAAUUCUAAAUAGAAUUGCCAUGGAAAAAUCUAGAACUAGGGCCCGUGUUGGCUUCCUUAAUAAACUGUGGUACAGUGUACCUGUUUAAUGAAUCUACAAAGAGUCCCGAUAUAAGGUCUCACCCGAAGCGUUGACUGUUCACCCAUUUCCACAGGUGUUGCCUGGUCUGCCGAGCUGCCCCAGCGUUGUGUGUGCUUUUUGCCCUGGAUUCCCACCGAUCUUGUGUUUAAAUCUUCCCCAAGGUUAAGCUUUGCCGGCUGCGUUGCUUGAACUUUUCUGGUUUCUAGGACCGGACUGAGUGGUUCUUGGAGGGAAAGUAUUUCUGCACAGCUUUAACCGUGAAAGGGAACUGUUUUCCAAAUGGAGAGAAAGUUUAAAAAUCCGAGGUGCAAAGAGACUUGACAGUCCUCGUGCAGGAUUCGCUGAAGGUUAAUUUGCAGGUUGAGCGAGCUGGUGGCGAGGGAGGAAAACACAAUGUUAGCGUUCAUUUCGAGAGGACUGGAAUACAAGAGCAAGGAUGUAAUGAUGAGGCUUUGUAAAGCCUGGUGAGGCCUCACUUGGAGUAUUGUGAGUAGUUUUGGUCCCCUUAUCUGAGAGAGGAUGUACUGAAGCUGGAGAGAGCUCAAAGGAAGUUCACAAAAAUGAUUCCAGGAUUGAACAGCUUGUCAUAUGAAGAGUGUUUGAUGGCUCUGGGCCUGUACUCACUGGAAUUCAGAAGAAUGAGGGGUGACCUCAUUGAAACCCAUUGAAUGUGGAAAGGCCUCGAUAGCAUGGAUGUGGAGAGGAUGUUUCCUAUUAUGGGAGAGUCUAGGACUAGAAGACACAGCCUCAGAAUAGAGGAGUGCCUUAAAAUGGAGGUGAGGAGGAAUUUCUUUCGCCAGAGGGUGGUGAAUCUGUGGAAUUGUCACAGGUGGCUGUGGAGGCCAGGUCAUAAGCUGUACUUAAGGCAGAGGUUGAUAGAUUCUUGAUUAGUCAGGGCAUGAAGGGAUACAGGGAGAAAGCAGGAGAUUGGGACUGAGAGAGGAAGUGGAUCAGCCAUGAUGGAAUGGUAGGGCAGACUGGAUGGGCCAAAUGGCCUGUAUGCACUCCUUCAUAAAUACAGGUCAGGUUUAGUUAGCAAAUCUUACUGCAGGAAAGGAGUUAAUUUGCCAUCUGCUGCAGCGAAUGGUGAGGGACCACAUUUGGACUUAAACCCAGGUCUGUAUAAGCCAGAAACCAUUCAUUAGGUCACCAAAAGGAGUCCAUUAAAUAAGGAAGUGAUUUGAAAUCGAGAGCAUUUGCACUCCCCCACCUGGUAAUAAUGAACACGAGGUAGAUGACUUAAUAGUUGUGAAAACUGUGAGGUGAUUGACUUUGGAAGGCAGAGGUCAGGGAUUCUCAGCAGCAUGGAGGAGCGGAGGGAUCUCUGUUGGACCUUCAUUAGUCGGAGGACUGCGUUCAAGGGCCGCUAGGUAGUGUUGCAACUCUAUAAAACUCUGGUUAGAACACACUUGGAGAAUCACCUACCGCUUCGUGCUCUUCCUCCCCUCCCCCCACCUUCUCACUCCGACCUCAACUUUUUCCCCAGCCCGAAACGUCGACUUUAUUUAUUCCCUUCCAUGGACACUGAAGUCCUCCGGCAUUUUGUGUGCGUUGCCUUGGAGUUAUGUGCUCAGUUCCGGUCCCCUCACUAUACGAAGGACGUAGAAGCUUUAGAGAGGGGAUUUACUGGGAUACUGCCUGGAUUAGAGAGGGUGCCUCUCGAGGAGAGGUUGAGCAAGCUAGAGCUCCUCUCUUUGGAGCGAAGAAGGAUGAGAGGUGACUUGAUAGAGGUGUACAAGAUGAUAAAAGGCAUAGAUCGAGUGGACAGCCGGAGACUUGUUCCCAGGGUGGCAAUGGCUAAUAUGAGGGGGCAUCAUUUUAAGGUGAUUGGAGGGAGAGAAUGGGGGGGGGUUGUUAGAAGUAGGAUUUUUUUUUAAACAUGUAAAGUAGUGGAUGCGUGGAACAUGCUGCCAGAGGUGGUGGAAGAGACGGGGGCAUUUGGGACAUUUAAGAGACUCUUAGAUGAGCACAAGGAUGAAAGGAAAAUGGAGGGUUAUGGGGGAAGAAAAGAGCUAAAAGGUUGGCAUAACAUGAUGGACAAAAGGGCAUGUACUGUACUAUACUGUUAUUAAAUCUUUGCUUUUGAUUUAUUGAUGUCUUCCAAGCUGGAGACUGAUUAGCCCCCAGUGACUUUCUCCAUAAUCUGGCACAGCUGCUAUUCCUUGCCAAGGUUAACGGUUUACUGUACAUUGCGCUAUCAAACUUUUCUCAUAACAGAGUAUUCUCUCGGAGUCUGACCUCUUCAUUAACUGGGCGAGAGCUGCACGAAAGAAUUGUGUUAAUCUCCUGUAAAAGUGACAGCCCCAUCCUUGGCGUGGAGUGUUACACCUGGCGGUCACUCCGUUAGCUACACCUGUGCGCCUGCCUGUCAAUGCAAAUAUCUAAUCAGCCAAUCAUGUCAAAGCUUAAGAGCACGCAGACAUGGUCGAGGCUCAUUUGUUGUUCAGAGCAAACAUAAGAAUGGGGAGGAAUGUGAUCUCAGUUGUUUUGACCGUGGAAUGAUUGUUGGUGCCAGAUGGCGAGGUUUGAGUAUCUCUGAAUCUGCUGAUUAUCUGGGAUUUUCAUGCACUACAGUUUCUAGAGUUUGUACAGAGAAUGGCACUAAAACCAAAAGCUGUCCGGUGAGAGGCAGUUCUGUGGGAGAAAUCGCCUUGCUAAUGAGAGAGGUCAGAGAAUAGACAGCUGGUUCAAGCUGACGGGAAGGUGUCAGUCAUUCCAACCACACAUUAAACCAGUGGUGUGUGCAGAAGAGUAGCUCUGAAUGCCUGACACACUGAACCGUGAAGUGAAUGGUCUAUAGCAGCGGACAUACACUCAAUGGCCACUCUAUUAGUUACCUCCUGUACACCUUUCUAUACAAGACACUUCAGAAGGAGUUUGAGAGAAUUCCAAUCGCUGUAUAAUAAAAGAAGGAAGAAUAUUAUUUUUUUUCUUUCAAACUGGGUCCACUCGUGCCCAAUCAUUGCAAUCUCAGUCAGGUACACUAAUUAAAUAUGUAAAUUAUGUAAAUGAAGGUAAAUAAUAUGCAAGCACCUGCCCACGCACUGUAAGGACAUACUGAGGAUGCAAAAAAAAACUUCAUGGGAGAUGCAAUAUAAGCUGUCUAGGAAUGGUGUUUAAAUUUUUAACUCUGUGUAAAUACCUGUAAAUUAUUAUCUAAAAUUUGCCAGGAUCUCCUGGCUGAUUUAUCCUUAAAUUAUACCGUGAGACAAAUGGUGGAUCUGUGAUUUGUAGAGGAAAU